AUGGAUAUAUCUGAAGUAAUAAGCAUAACUAGACCAUCUGCAUUCAAUAAUAUAGACAAUGUCAACAAUAAUGAUGACAAUUUAGAUAUUGAAAUGUCUGAUGAACAAGGUCACACACAAUCAGCAACUACCGCAACUGCAGGAAAUUCGAUUGUUACACCAGGUGAACUAAUAACAGAAGAUCCAACUUGGAUGAAAGGUCACGGAACAUAUUUUUUAAAUGAUAAAACAUAUUCAUCAGUUGCAGGAAGUAUAUCACGAGUAAAUAGAUUAUUAAGUGUGAUUCCAUUACGUGGGAGAUAUAGUCCAGAAACUGGUGAUCAUGUCAUUGGACGUAUCACUGACGUUGGUAAUAAAAGAUGGAAAGUUGAUAUUGGAGCUAAACAAGAUGCUAUAUUAAUGUUGGGAUCAGUUAAUUUGCCUGGUGGAGUAUUACGUAGAAAAUCUGAAUCUGAUGAAUUACAAAUGAGAAAUUUUUUAAAAGAAGGAGAUUUAUUAAAUUGUGAAGUCCAAACUAUUUUUAAUAAUGGAAUUGCAUCAUUACAUACUAGAUCUUUAAAAUAUGGAAAAUUAAGAAAUGGGAUUUUUAUAAAAAUUCCUAGUCCAUUAAUUGUUAAAACUAAAAAUCAUGCAUUUGAUUUACCUGGUAAUGUUUCUAUAGUCUUAGGAACAAAUGGAUAUAUUUGGUUAUAUAAAACCCCCAAAAUCAAUAAAUCUUUAGAAAAUAAUACCCCGGGGAUAACAAGACUUGAAGAAGAAAGUUCAUGGGAGAUUUAUAGCGAUAAAAAUGAAUUUAUUGAUGUUCAAACAAGAAAUAAUAUUGCCAAAUAUUAUAAUAUUAUUAAAUCAUUAGCUGAAAAAGAACAAAAAAUUAACAAUGAUGUUCUUGUCGAAGCCUUUGAUUAUUAA